CCUCAUCUUCCAGACAUUCAUCCCCACUUCUCUUUGCCUGCAAUCUGACCUCUAGCAUCACGCUCCUCUUCACCUUCUCGGGCCGACAACCUCUUCACAAAAUGGCCCAAGAUCCCCGAGUCCUGCUCCAACGGGCCGACAAAGCGCUCAGCAGCGCAUCUGGUGGCUUCAGCUUCUUCGGUGGAAGGACAGAGAAGUACGAGAAUGCAGCUGAUCUCUACACACAAGCUGCAAACGCCUUCCGAGUGCAGAAGCAGAACAAGGAGGCCGGUCUUGCCUUCGAAAAGGCUGCCUCUAUUCAGACUCAGAACCUCAACGAGCCCGAUGAUGCAGCAAACACCCUGACCGAAGCGUUCAAGGUCUACCGCAAAUCCGACCCCGAGGACGCCGCUCGCGUGCUCUCCAGUGCUAUUCAACACUACGUGCUAAAGGGUAACCUCCGGCGCGCGGCCACGCAACAGCAACAUCUGGCCGAGGUGUACGAGGUGGAGCUUGGAGAUACGAAGAAGGCGCUGGAAGCCUACGAGAAAGCGGCGGAGUGGUUCGACGGUGACAAUGCUGAAGCUCUUGCCAACAAGCACUACCUGAAGGCAGCAGACCUGGCCGCUCUCGAAGGCGACUACUACAAGGCUAUUGAGCACUACGAGCGGAUCGGCCGCUCAUCGAUCAACAACAACCUGAUGAAGUGGUCCGUCAAGGACUACUUCCUCAAGGCUGGUAUCUGCCACUUGGCGACCAAUGACCUGGUUGCUGCCAACCGAGCCCUCGAGAACUACCGCGACAUCGACACCACCUUUGCCUCGACAAGGGAGCACCAGCUCCUCGUUGACCUGGUCCAGACCAUCGAAGCAGGCGACCAGGAAGCAUUCGCCGACAAGCUGUUCCAAUUCGACCAGCUCAGCAAGUUGGACAAGUGGAAGACGACUCUUCUGUUGCGGAUCAAGAACAGUAUCGAGGAGCAGGGCGAGGAUUUCUCUUAGACUUAUUCUAUUCUAUUCUCUUCUAUUCCCAGCAACAAUAUCAUUGUUUUCUCUGUUUUGCUUCCGAUCUGUUCAUUCAUCCAUUCGCUUUGUUCUUGGUGGAUUAGUUACUUGGGCAGACUUUAUAACUGGUGUUCCCUACCCUUACCCCGUUGGCUGGUCCCAUAGGUAGAUGGAUGCUGUGCCGUCGUAUAAUUGCUUGCGGUUUGUUUGUUUUUUUCUUUCGUGCAAAGAUAUAUUGUGUCCUUGGCUUGCCUGUCUUUCCUGUCCUGUCCUGUUCUAUCAUAACUAUAGCUAUUGACAUAGGCUGAACGCGCCGAUGGAUGCGUGGCAUGCCUUACUGACAGAUACUAUCGAU